CUUUGAUGUUUGUUUCAUCGAGUGAAUGACAAAAGUGCGUGAUGUUUUUGAUUCGAUAUCCUUUUUAGAAAUUGAAAUCCCUGGCGUGAAUGAUAUAGUUCUUUUCAGCCCUAAUUAUUUUAUAAUUAAUUUUUAUUUAAGCAUCACAUAAUAUAUAAUAUGCUUGGGUUAUACUAAUUACUAACUUUGUAGAAAGUGAAUUGUUUGCUUGUGAAAUUUAAAGGAUUCGGUUAUUCACUCACGACAAUACACACGAUACUGUGUUGUCUGUUAAGAAGUAUGUGUAGAAAUGAAGAGAAGCGAAGUCUGUCCUGGCCGCUCUGAUGGCGUGCCCAGGGAACGAUUGGCUAAUGAUACAGAUCCAUUGAUAAAAGCACCCAUAUUAAUUGAAGACAACACCGACAAUAAUUCAAAUUUCAACUGUAUCUGCACUAUGUUCCCGUCGUGUAUAUCGCUGCUACCGCGGCGCAGUGAACCCCGCCCGCCAAAGCCCGGACAGACGCCAGUCGUGCUCAACGUAUACGACAUGUACUGGACUAAUUGGUAUACAGCGGGUGCAGGUGUAGGAGUGUUCCACAGCGGAGUGGAAGUCCAGGGGUCGGAAUGGGCAUACGGUGGACAUCCAUAUGCCUUCACUGGAGUUUUCGAGAUCACACCCAAAGAUGAGCGGGAACUAGGAGAACAGUUUAGGUUUAGACAGAGUGUACAUAUAGGGUACACGGACUUCAGUGAAGAAGAAGUGCGGCGGCUGGUGGCUGAGCUGGGCAAGCAGUUCCGAGGUGACAGGUAUCACCUAAUGAACAACAACUGCAAUCACUUCACCUCCGCGUUCUGUAUAGCACUAUGUGAGCAUGACAUUCCGUCGUGGGUGAACCGUCUGGCCUACGUCAGCUCCUGUGUGCCCUUCCUGCAACGCUGUCUCCCCAAAGAAUGGUUGACUCCGGCAGCGCUGCAACAUUCCCUGGCGGUACACUCGCGGUCUUCCUCACACUCGUCCGCCUCGCCUCAAUAACGACGUGUUGCGGCGAUGCAGACUAACAUACAAAAGUGUUGUGCGAUAUUUAUACAUAUUGUAGUAUGUAGAUAGUUAGUAGUGCGGCGCAUUGUCGAUUUGAUAUUGUACUUAUAUGGACAUUAAUAUAUAAGUCAUAGUGAUACGGUCUUAACUGCAGAGGUAUAAUAAUGUUUCCCACAUUAGAUAGUUUAUACGUCUAGAUAGUGCCUCUUGUUGUUAGGCAACGCAUAACAACAAGCCAGGUUUAUUACUUUAGUGUGCAAACAGCUACGUUUUACACUCGCGAUUCGUCAGUCACUCUGAUUUAUUGUGCGUGUAUGUUUGAAAAUAGAAGCUAACUGUUCGUCGCUAUUUUUAAGUCUAUCUAGACGUAUGUAAUACAACACUAAUUGAGCAAAGUAUUCUUGAAUAUAAUAUGAUGCAAUCAAACUGUUAUCAACUGAUUGAAAUGUGUAAUAAUUAUUGUAUAUCUUACGUGUUUACCGUGUACAAAGUACAUGUACACAAAGCAAAUGUUCUAAAUACCCACAUUGCAAGGUGUUAUCACGGACGAGUAAAAUAAGAAGGACUCCGUGUCACCUUACAUAACAGAGAGGCACCAAAACUAGCCGGUAAACGUGUAAAUACAUAGCCCCACGCAUACACUUACACUAAUACAAGCCGAUCGUCCGCCAUUAUGAGUUUUGCCAUCGUCUGUGACAGAUCAGUUUGCGUCGCAAUAAAAUAUUUUAAAAAUGCCGUCGUGCGUUGUGAAAAAGUGUAAAAACAAUACUAUAACAGUAAAUAGUUCAAAUAUUGAAUUAUUAAAGUGAUCAACUGAUCACCGUGAGAACUGGUAUAUAUAAGCUGUGUCACCACUGGUACUUCACGUACGGGUGUGGCUGGCGCUGUGGUUGAAUAGUUUCAGCGUAAGCUCUAUGGUUGCUCAAUCACGGGUCACACAAACAUGAAAAAUAAACAGCAAAGCGCCCCGCUGUUAGGGUUACCAUGUGUCCGGACAUGUCCUGACUUUUAGAGUUUAGUCCGGAUUUGUUUUUAUUUAUGGUCAUGCACACUAAUGUAAUAAACCUGGCCUGUUUUCAUCGGCUGUCUAGCUCUAUUUAGACGUAUAUAAACUAUCUAAGGAAUUAGGCGUUAUUUUGUGAAAAUCCUUAAUUGUUUAAAUGUUUUGAGCUUUCUUUGAGUGUUAAACCAAUGAGACACGUGUUUCGUCUCUACACGAGGCUUCCUCAAGGGAUGAUGUUGACUGGACGAAUUUUGGGAUGAACCUGACCCCUGAGAACGUCUCUUGCAGAGUACAAAAUACGUGUCCAAGUGGUUUAAUAAUCAAGAUAACUCAAAACAUUUGGUUAGUAGAAAAAAUUGUUUUAUGUCUUAUUAUUUAAUGAGGUUUUCACUUUCGUGUGCUCUGACGCACACAUCGUUUUUACCGAAUGAGCCCCCUGUGAAACGUGGGUAGUUAGUAAAUCUAUAGUUUGUGCCUUAAGUAUCGUAAGUUUUAUAUAUCUACCCCCGCAUUAGCUGUAAUGUUUUUUAUGCAUCAUGCUCAAAUAUGUUCCUCAAAGGCAUAGCUAUCUUAUGAUACAAAUAUAUAAUCUCUUCCUUUUUUUUGCACUUUUAUACAAAGCCCUGGUUUGUCUCGUUCUUUAAUAUAUGUUAGGAUACCUGUCGCAAGUAUUUUUUACCGUAAAAAUAAAAUAAAUAUCAAUUCAUUAAUAUUAAAAUGUGUAGGUACUUUUAAAAUAACUAAUGUUACCUAUAGCAAAUUGGUUCUACAGUACAAUAGGACAUUUCGAUGCAAGGGUGAACAGUCGGUAUGUGAUUCCUAGGACGGGGGUUAGGGACUGGUAAGGUCGAUGAUCUUUUUGAAUAGAUUACGAAAAAAUAAAUGAACGAUAGUGAAUAAAUAGAAAACAGUUUAAUCUUUGGGCGUGUAAUAAUUACAGUUUGAACAAUUGUUGACGAAAGAGUUAAAAAAUACAAUUUUCGCAUUCCUAAAAACACAUGGAAAAGUCUGCUUUUUAAGCAAAUGUAUUGAAAGUUAAAAAAAGACAAAUUCAAUUAAACAUAGAGCACUAGUACAGAAUAAGAAUGACUUUCUGCACGAUAAAGUCUACUUUAUAGCAAAUAUUAUUAAAAAUGUUAAAAAAAACACCAACUCAAUUGAACAAAUAUUACUAGUGCAGAGAAGAAUAACUUUCCGCACACUAAACACAGGUGUGUAAAGUCUACGUUUUGAUCAAAUAUUAUUUAAAAAAAAAGUAACAAAAUACCAAUAAUUACUUUUUUAAUAAUAAAAAAGAAAACAAUUUAAUUGAACAAAAAUCACUAGUGCGGAACUGUAAAACUUUCUGCAGCGUGGAACACACGUGAAAAAGUAAUAAAGAACCACUUAUUGAGCAAUAUUAAAAAUAUUUUAUUAACAAACUUUGUGACAUUGAUGACUUUUCUUGAAACAAUUUAAGUAAUUCUUUUUUUUGCCCAUUGCAAUGCAGUGCCGCUCAGGAUUCUUGAAAAACCCCAAAAAUUCUGAGCGGCACUACAAUUGCGUUCAUCACCCUUAGACAUAAGAUGUUAAGUCUCAUUUGCGCAGUAAUUUCACCAGCUACGGCGCCCUUCAGACCGAAACAGUAAUGCUUACACAUUACUGCUUCACGGCAGAAAUAGACGCCGCUGUGGUGCCCAUAAUCUAUCCGGCAUCCUGUGCAAAGGAGCCUCCCACUGGUAAAAUUCACCAACAUCAACCUAAAUAGCUCCUUUAGAAACCAUGCAAAACAAUGAGGUUACAUAGUUUUGUAAGUAUGACGUUUACCAGGUUUCAAGGUACUUUCUACCAUACAUAGCUAAUAUUAUGAAAAAAUCAACAUUGGUGUUUUAUAUAUGAUACGUUUUGAACAUUUUAUAAUAGCGGAUACCAUCUUAGUUCCCAAGUAAGGUUGGGAAAGAAAGUUCAAUGCCUAUAUAAAAAAUAAACUACGUUUAAAAAAACCGACUUCAAUAUCUGAAAAGUAUCAAAUAACUAAAAAUUUAAUUUAAUACACCUCUUAUGCAAACCUUUACCUUUAAUAUUAAUAAAAUACUAUUAUUUGUAUGUGCUACCUAUUGAUAGGUUUUAAGUCAGUGACAGUGACAACGGAUCAUAAAUCUCAGAGUAACCGGUGUACAUACUUAAAAAAAAUACCGAUCCAAUUGAUAACCUCCUCCUUUUGGAAGUCGGUUAAAACAUAUUCGAAAUCGAAAACCUUCAAUCCCUUGCGUCCUUUAGCCCUAUUCAUUUUGGCUGUAUUUUUCAAUAUUGUUUUUUGAACGUUCUAUGUAAGUUUGUCUAAACUGUUAUGAAAAUUAUUUGAAAUGUUUGGAUUAAGGAACAAUUAAUUUACGUCUUUAAAAAUUCUCUAGUUCAUAGAUUUUUGUAGCAUAUAGUAGUAUUUAAUAACAAUAUACGUAGUUAGUAGAUGUCCGUCCGUUGGCAUUGAUAUGAUAAUGUCGGGUUUUUACAAUGAUGAUUGGACUCGGGAUAUACUAGCAUUUUGGUGAUUUCACUGUUCCUUUCAAUUACUAAUAUUUACCAAGUAAUGGUAAUAGGAUUAGUAUAGCGAGUUCCGUUACUUUUCAUUCAUUUACACCUAAAAAUAUAGCAGUAUACUUUCGAGUACUGUUCCAAUAUAGGGAACAUUUACCCUUAGAAUUCAAACAAACAAAUUAUAAAUAACGUGGUCUUUUGUGGUGUUGUUUGUUUGAGUUGAUUAAUAACAAGCAGGAAGAGCUUCUAUCGUUUUUAUUUAAAUUUUGUGACUAAUAAUUCUAAACUUAUAUAUUUUUUAGGUAUGUUAGGAGAUGUAGCGGACUGUUAUAUGAUUUAGUAAAUACAAUAAACUUUAUUCACAUUAUUUAUUAGAUAGUAGAAUGUGUAAUGUAGUGAAUUCAAAUGUAAUAGCGAUUUAUUUCAAAUGUAGAGAGGUGUAACUAAUGUUGACUGAAGUUAAAUUAAUUCAAUAAAAAUUAUUUUAUUUAAGUGUAAACUCUGUUCGCCGAAGCUGGUAUCAUAUAAAAUAGUGUUUCUAAACUCAGUAAAAAUUACGGUAAUUACCUGAUCACAUUUAAGAAAGGCUUGACUGAUGCAACAUCCCUCGUACCACAAAACUCACUCAUCAGACAGGCUGCCAUAAUAUAGCGACAGUCGCUAGUCGCGAUACGCUUCAUAAUAUAUAUCAACUUGGUGAACAGACUAACUUAUUAUAAAACCAGAUUGCUGUACCUUAUUGAAUAAUACAUACACUUAGAUGUAGACGAAUUAUUAUUUGUAGGUUAGUUAGUUAGCCUCUUGAUGGCCAUUGUUCGUGCCAGUUUUAUUCUCACUCAACCACAGGACGUUUUCGAAAUAGGCAGCCAUCUUUGACUGCUGCAGAGUGUAGAUAGAUACCUGCGAAAGGGUAUCAAAACAGUUCCAUUUGCUUUUUAUAAUAUGUAAUAAUUGUUUAACGUGCCAUUAACGAGACUCACACCGAAUAAACUCAAAAUAUAUUCAUUCUCAUUUAAAAUUUUAACUGGUUAGAUUAUUAGACGGGUGUAUUUAAAAAAAAUAAGACUUUAGGUUCAUAAUAUUGGGAACAAUUAAACAACGAAGUAUAUUAUAAAUAAUAUCUUAAAAUAUCUUUUUUCCCUUUGACUUGUUUGAAAUGUAAUAGACGAAUAAUUAUUAUUUGAAUUACAAUCAUGCGAGUGCUACAUAGCAAUAAAUAAAUGUAUUGAGGUGGUCCGUUAUUGGUACGUUUACCUUUCAACUUGACAAUGCGCCAUUACUUAUUGUUACUUUAUUAUUGUAGAGAAAAUAAUUUAAGUGAACGAAUUUAAUAACCUCGGUCAGCUGUGUCAGAAGUAAGUUUAAUGCUUAAGGCUGAAUAAUUUACUAUUUGAUAAUUAUUAAAUAAAACACGUUUUAAAGUAUUAAAAAGCUUGUAAUUGUAACUGUAUUUUUUCAUUAGAUUUUGCGUAAAAGUUACAUUUUUUUUUAGUUAACCCGACGUUUCAACACCUUUCCAGAUCUCGUUAUCAGACGUAUAGAGGGACAAUUACACGCGUUUUAAUCCUUUCUAAAGUGUUUUAUUUAAAUGAGUGACACUCGCGCUAAUAAAGAACAUAAAAUCAUUUUUUAAAAGUGAGAAUAUUAUGUAAUCAGUUCAAUAUUAAAUUCUUAAAAGGAAAAUAAUAUGCAUGUUAUUUUAAAUAAUUGAUAUAGAAUUUAAAUUUGAUAUUUAACAUACAAAAGUUAAUAUUCAAAAAUAUAUAGAAGCAUUUUUAUUAUUCUGAAGUAAUAAAGUUUAUUUGAAAAAUAA